AUGAAGACAGUACUCCCAUGGUCGGUCCUCAUGCAGGCCUAUUUGGCCGCGUCGAGCCCCCUACUACCGCGAAGCAUAGAGAAAACUCAGCCAGAGUCACUGCUUCAAAUGAGGUCCCCAGCUCCAUUCCAGGAUCCAAGUCCAAAUACUGUCACAACCAACACCAUCCGACUCACUCGCGUUAAAGCUCGAUCAUCAUCUGCGCAUGAAGCAUCGGGGAUCCUCUCACGCAGCGACACAUCCGAGCUAGCUGGCGAAGUCACAGUUGGGAACCAGACUUUGAAGCUCAUCUUCGAUACUGGUUCAAGUGAUCUCUGGAUACCAGGCGAAAAUUUCCAGUGCGUCUCAGCAAAUCUGACCAUACAAAGCAACAGCGUUUGCAACUUCACCACCACCUUCAAGGGCACAUAUGGUAGUGGUCAGAUUGUUGCCGGCAGCCUGGGGUACGAGUCCGUUUCUGUAGCAGGCAUUACUAUCCCCGACCAGGAGAUUUCCAUUGCCAAUCUCAUCAACUUUGGGGCUCAAGGACAAGUCGACGGCUUGAUCGGCUUGUCCUAUCCUUUGCUCACGAAUGUCGCCAAUGCUACAAUUCCAUACAACAGCUUUUUAGCCAACGUCUUCCGAAAGAAUCUUACGGCACCUUUGUUCGGUAUUGCCAUGGAGCGCAACAACGGUGGAACUUUUGCUUUGGGAGGGCUGCCCCCAGUACCGAUCAAGCCCAGUUUUGCCAGCACUCCUAUCCUGAUCGCCGACAAUUUGAACAGCGGAGAUGCUCGUAGAAGGACAAACUUUACUUUCUACACCAUUGUUGCGGAAAACUACGUCGUUGGCGACUCCAAAGGAGACGAUGAAAAAAUUCCUGGAGCUGGCAUAUUUAAUGUUGUCGACAGCGGUACAUUCCUCACAAUGCUAUCACCAACCGUAACUAAAGUCCUAUAUGCGAAAUUCCCUGAGGCACCAGUCUCUCCUCCCGAGGCUUUAGGCAAUUUCCUUGUGCCCUGCAACACCACUGCACCCGAGUUUGGCAUCGAGAUCGCGGACCAGACUUUCUACAUGUCGCCAAAAGAUCUCAUUCUCCAGAAUGUGAGAGUUGAUGACAUGUGUGCUCUGGGCGUACAACCUACAGCUGCUGGUAGGCCAUCUAUUCUCGGCGCCACAUGGCUACAUAAUGUGCUGGCUGUGUAUGACGUUGGCGCUUCGCAAAUGCGAUUUGCCCCUCGCAUCCCAUACUGA